UACAACAACUGCAGUCGCCUCGGUAGCUCGCUAGACAACAAAGUCGGAACAUUCAAGUUCUUUAGACAACUUCCUGGUUUAAUUUGCCAAUAUGUUUUAAACAUACUUCUGUGUGAAAGAACUAGUUAUCCCAUUUAAUUUCGUAUUGACGUUGUUGCUGUUAGCUGUCUGGUUAAGUUAACACUAGUCUAGUUGCUAAUGCUAAUGAGCUAACAUCCCCGACCAUGAGUUUACUAAGCUACACUGAGAAUUGCUUGACCGAGAAAGGAAAUCUCAUGGAAGAGGAGACUGUUACCGUCAAGAAAGAAGUAGAAGGUGAGGCUGUUACAGUGAAAGAAGAAGGGGAAGAGGCUUUCAGCGUGAAAGAGGAGGAUACAGUUUUUGUAAUGAAGGAGGAGGAUGGGGAGAUGACUGUCACAGUGAAAGAGGAGGAAGACGUUUUUGGAGUGAAGGAGGAAGAGGGGGAGAUUACUGUCACAUUGGAGGAGGACGAAGAACCGAAGACUGGAGAACUGAUUAACACCAGUAAAUACAGAAAGAGACCAGCCUCUCACUCUGACAGACGGAAGAGUCCUUCAGGGGAACCAGACCCAGAGACUCCCAAACCAGCGAGACGACACCACUGCUCCCUGUGUAAUAUGAGUUUUAAGUGGUCAUGGAAGCUGAAAGAGCAUAAAAUGACACACGUAGGAGAAAAGCCAUUCCAAUGCUCCCAGUGUGGAAAGAGUUUUACUUUGUUAGGGAGCCUGAACAAACAUAAGAGAAUACACACAGGAGAAAAGCCUUAUCACUGCUCCCAAUGUGGAAAUAGUUUUAUGUGGUUAGGGAGCCUGAACAAACAUAAGCGAAUACACUCGGGAGAGAAGCCUUUCCCCUGUUCCCAUUGUGGAAAGAAUUUUAGGUUGUUAGAUACCCUGAAGGAGCACAAGAGGACACACACAGGGGAAAAACCUUACCAUUGCUCCCAGUGUGGAAAUAGUUUUUCCCAGUUAGGGAACCUAAACAAACACAAAAAAAUACACUCUGGAGAGAAACCGUACCCCUGUUCCCAUUGUGGAAAGAAUUUUAGGUUGUUAGAUAAUCUGAAAGAGCAUGAGAGAACACACACAGGGGAGAAACCUUACCAAUGCUCCCAGUGUGGAAAUGAUUUUACCCAGUUAGGGAACCUAAAAAAGCAUGAGAUAAUCCACUCUAGAGAGAAGCCUUACCACUGCUCCCAUUGUGAAAAGAGAUUUACCCAGUUAGGGAGCCUGAACAAACAUAGAGAAUACACUCUGAGAGAAGCCUUACCCCUGUUCCCAUUGUGGAAAGAAUUUUAG